AUGGGAGGAGGAGGUGAGGGUUCUGUGGACGACGGGACCCACUCCGACGAUGGAGAUGGAGUCAAGGUCAACGUCAACGUCAGAUGCUCCAAUGGCUCCAAGUUCACCGUUCAGAUUAACCUCGAAUCCACCGUUGGAUCGUUCAAGGAAGUUCUCUCAUCAAAAUGCGACAUCCCGGCCGAUCAGCAGCGUCUGAUUUACAAGGGUCGGAUCUUAAGGGACGAUCAAACCGUCCAAAGCUAUGAUGGGUUUUCAUUUCACUGCUGCGAUUGA